UGACGCGCGGGGCCACGCCCCCACCUUGGGACAGACCCGGAAGCGGCGGCGGCGCCCCUCUGGGAAGAUGGCGCCCUCGGGGCUGAAGGCGGUGGUGGGGGAAAAAAUUCUGAGUGGAGUUAUUCGGAGUGUCAAGAAGGAUGGGGAGUGGAAGGUGCUUAUCAUGGAUCACCCUAGCAUGCGCAUCUUGUCUUCCUGCUGCAAGAUGUCAGACAUCCUAGCUGAGGGCAUCACCAUUGUUGAAGACAUCAACAAACGGCGGGAACCCAUUCCCAGCCUGGAGGCCAUUUAUUUGCUGAGCCCCACAGAGAAGUCGGUUCAGGCCUUGAUCGCAGACUUCCGGGGAACCCCGACCUUCACCUACAAAGCGGCCCAUAUCUUCUUCACCGACACCUGCCCUGAGCCGCUGUUCAGUGAGCUGGGUCGCUCUCGUCUGGCAAAAGUGGUGAAGACAUUGAAGGAGAUUCACCUUGCCUUCCUCCCCUAUGAGUCCCAGGUGUUCUCCCUCGAUGCCCCCCACAGUACCUACAACCUCUACUGCCCCUUCCGGGCAGGGGAGCGCACGCGGCAGCUCGAGGCGCUGGCCCAACAGAUUGCCACACUGUGUGCCACGCUGCAGGAGUACCCGGCCAUCCGCUACCACAAGGGCCCAGAGGACACAGCCCAGUUGGCCCACGCCGUCCUGGCCAAGCUGAACGCCUUCAAGGCAGACACUCCCAGUCUGGGCGAGGUGAAGGGGUGUGCUGGGGAGGUGAGGGGCAGCUCCAGCUGGCUUAGGGUUAGUGGCUCCUUCCUACCCCAACGCCCACCCCAGGGCCCAGAGAAAACCCGCUCGCAGCUGCUCAUCAUGGACCGGGCAGCCGACCCCGUCUCCCCACUGCUGCAUGAACUCACAUUUCAGGCCAUGGCCUAUGACCUGCUGGACAUAGAGCAGGACACAUACAGAUACGAGACCACUGGGCUGUGUGAGGCGCGGGAGAAGGCCGUCCUGCUGGAUGAAGAGGAUGACUUGUGGGCGGAGCUUCGCCACAUGCACAUCGCGGAUGUGUCCAAGAAGGUCACAGAGCUCCUGAAGACCUUCUGUGAGAGCAAGAGGCUGACCACAGACAAGGCCAACAUCAAAGACCUGUCCCACAUCCUGAAAAAGAUGCCGCAGUACCAGAAAGAGCUGAACAAGUAUUCUACACACCUGCAUCUAGCGGAUGAUUGCAUGAAGCACUUCAAGGGCUCGGUAGAGAAGCUGUGUAGCGUGGAGCAGGACCUGGCCAUGGGCUCCGACGCGGAGGGAGAGAAGAUCAAGGACUCUAUGAAGCUGAUCGUGCCGGUGCUCCUGGACGCGGCGGUGCCUGCCUAUGACAAGAUCCGGGUCCUGUUGCUCUACAUCCUCCUUCGGAAUGGCGUGAGUGAGGAGAACCUGGCCAAGCUGAUCCAGCAUGCCAACGUGCAGGCGCACAGCAGCCUCAUCCGCAACCUGGAGCAACUGGGAGGCACUGUCACCAACCCCGGGGGCUCAGGGGCCUCCAGCCGGCUGGAGCCGAGAGAGCGCAUGGAGCCCACCUAUCAGCUGUCCCGCUGGACCCCAGUCAUCAAGGACGUGAUGGAGGAUGCCGUGGACGACCGGCUGGACAGGAAGCUGUGGCCCUUCGUAUCCGACCCCACCCCUGCAGCCAGCUCCCAGGCCGCUGUCAGUGCCCGCUUCGGUCACUGGCACAAGAACAAGGCCGGCGUAGAGGCCCGGGCGGGCCCCCGACUCAUAGUGUAUGUCAUGGGCGGCGUGGCCAUGUCGGAGAUGCGGGCCGCCUAUGAGGUCACCAGGGCCACUGAGGGCAAGUGGGAGGUGCUCAUUGGGUCCUCACACAUCCUCACCCCAACCCGCUUCCUGGAUGACCUGAAGACGCUGGACCAGAAGCUGGAGAACAUUCCCCUGCCCUAACCCCUGGCCCCCGCCCCCUACCCCUCUGUUUCCAGAGAAAUAAAGUCUUCCCAUCUUUCUGCCA